UACGGUAGGCCGUAGGUGUUUACUACUAGAAGAGUGUAGGUCUGUUUAAAGUGUCCUGGUAGAUAGGAUAUGUUAAUUAAUUCUAAAUAGUCAUGCCAGACGACAAGAAAAACGUUGUAGCAAAGAAGAAAGCAGCCGGGGAUGAAACUCGGUUGUUACCGAUAAUUUUGCGUUAUUUCAAGUUAGCCGGAGUGGCACUUGCGGUGUAUGGUUUUGGUUACACUCAGUUUAGUCCAGGUUGGAUUCUUAUGGGACUGGUUGCAUAUGUAUGGAAAGAAAAACACAACCAGAGAAAACACCUACAGAUAAAGAUACAACAGCAAAUAGCAAAGGAUGAGGAAUCAACGAUAUUGGCUCGAGUGGAAGACCUUCCCUCCUGGGUACAUUUCCCAGAUGUUGAAAGGGCCGAGUGGUUUAACAAGAUUCUGGACCAGAUCUGGCCAUUCAUUGGGGAUUAUGUGAAGAAACUACUGAUGGACUCCAUUCAGGAGAAGAUCCAACAAAGUCACUCUACUGUUGGAUCCUUCAGGUUCACUCAGAUUGACCUCGGAGAUAUUCCUCCCAGGAUCGGAGGUGUGAAGGUUUACACCGAGAAUGUCCGCCGUGACGAAAUUUAUCUUGAUCUUGAUAUCAUCUACAGCAGUGACAGCUUCAUUGAGGUCAAGGUCAAGGGUAUUACAGCUGGAAUCAAGGAUCUUCAGUUGCGUGGGACACUGAGAGUGAUCUUCAAACCUCUGAUUGGUCAGAUUCCACUGUUUGGCGGGAUGAGUUUCUUCUUCAUCAACACCCCGGACAUCGACUUUAAUCUGACAGGACUUGCCAACUCUCUGGACCUCCCAGGUCUCAGCGACAUGUUGGAUACAAUUAUUGCGGAACAGAUUUCCAACAUUAUGGUGUUGCCCAAUAGGAUUGUUGUUCCCAUGGUGCAGGAUGUCAACCUGAUGAUGUUGAGGUAUCCCCAGCCUGAUGGAGUACUGCGUAUCCAUGUAUUAGGGGCCAAAGACCUUAUUAGAGCAGACAUUGGAUUCGCCAAGAAAGGAAAGUCGGACCCAUAUGCUGUAGUGAAAGUUGGAGCAAAGAAGUUUAAGACCAAAGUCAUCAAUAACACUGUUAACCCAGAGUGGAAUGCUGUUUUUGAGACUAUCAUUGACAUCAAGGACGGUCAGUAUGUUGAUAUUGAGCUCAAGGAUGAGGAUCCAGGCAGUAAGGAUGAUGAUCUGGGAUGUGUGAAUAUUGCUAUAUCCUCGGUGUCCAAGGAUGGCACGACCGACUCUUGGCUCCCUCUGGAAGAUGUCAAACAAGGCCUGAUUCACAUUAAGCUGGUGUGGAAUUACCUGUCUAAGGACCCUUCAAUCCUCGACCAUGCGAAGAUAAAGACACAGACCCUGCAGCACAUGGAGAAGAAUACUGACGGUACAGAGUUAUCCUCGUCUCUACUGAUGGUGAACCUAGACUCCGCACGAGAACUACCGGGAUCCCUCAAGCGUGGGAAGAAGCAAAUGGCCGAGCCCUGUGCCUACUGCAUCGUCAGUGUUGGUCAGAAGAAGGAGGAGAGUGCAGUUAAACUGAACACAGACAGUCCAAUCUGGGAAGAGAACUACCGUUACCUGGUCCAUGAUCCCAACAUCCAGGUCAUCGAUGUACAGGUCAUGGACAAGAAAACCGGGAAACCUCUUGGUGACAUGAGCUUGCCCCUCAAGUCUAUUCUCAGAGCACCUGACAUGACACUAGACCAAUACUUCAGUCUCAAGAACUCUGGGGUCAGCAGCCAGAUCCAUAUGAGGCUUGCACUGAGGGCACUGACAACAGAGAAAUCUAAAGAAUCUACAGAACCGGAGCAGAUCAUCACACCUAGUGAAGUGGCUAAGGAUGGAACUUCCGUAGAUGGUAACACUGGUGCUACCCCAGCCCCAGCAUCAGCACCAACAGCAGCAGCCGCCAAGGACCAAAAGGCUGCUCCAGCGAAAUCGUCCUCUCCAUCUCCAGCCAAGGACACGAGUAAACCAAUCACCGCCGAGACAGUCUCAUCAGUCCAGUCCAUCCCACCAGGCAAGACAGCUGCCACCAGUCAACAGAGAACGGACGCUGACCUACGCCAGAGGAAAGCUACUACACCUACGCCUGCUGUGUUAAGAUCUAGUCUUUAUCGCAGACCUGACCCAAUUGGAGCUUAUAAGCAUGGUAGAAUGCACCUAACUAUCAGGUACAGCUCUCAGAGGAAAAACUUGGUGGUUGUCAUCCACAAGUGUCUAAACUUGAUUGCCUGUGACGAUGAUGACCUAGCAGAUCCCUACGUGAAGAUGUACCUACUCCCAGACAAGUCCACAAAACAUAAGACCAAGAUUGUCAAAAACAACCUCAACCCUGUCUUUGAUGAAACAUUUGAGUUUGAGGUCAGUCCAGGAGAGGUCAAAGAAAAAAGGCUGGACAUUACAAUAAGAAAUGAUACAUCUGUGUUCUCCGGGAACAAAAAGACCAUGGGAACAAUGGAGAUUGAUCUAUCCAAUCUAGAUCUGACUAAGACUACCACUGAAUGGUUUGACGUACGACCAGAGGACUUUGAGGGCAAGCCAUACUCACUCUGCUCUGAUGUUUAGACGGUCAUCCCAUACAUCAAAGUCCAAUGAGAAUUUGUGUUACAUAACCUGAAAUUUAGACAUUUGUCAUUUGCAUUGUUUUAUGUGACUUGCCUUUUAUUACAAAAAUGUUCUCAAUAUUAUGUUCACAAUGUCUAUUAUCUCUAAUGUCUUCUUCGAAUUCGCAUAGCAAUAACUUUACUUUAAUGAUUUAUGCAAAGUUGAAUCCAUCCAAUGCAAUUAUUUUUAAAGAGAAUGCAACAGAAAAAACUUGCUACGGUUUUAGUGUUUGUGAUACAUUGUUGGAGUUAACAACAUUCUGUUAUUGUAAAAAAAAUGUAAAGUGGAGAUGGCAAAUAUAAUAAUUAUGCUAGGUUAGGAAUUCUUUUUGAUAAAAAUUAAAUUAAAUUUGUUUUGAUAUGUAAAUGUACUUAAUAUAAAUUAUCAACCUUGAUCAAUAUUUGUAACUUGCCAACAUACAUUAUGCUAAAUGUAUAUAAAUCAACAAAUUAGCUUUAAAAUGUCAGUCAAUAUGUCUUUAAUAUGUAAAGAACAAUGACAGAAGGAUGUGGUAUUUUUUACUACUUUAAUAUAGUCAAAAUUCUAUUUUAAAAUAGGAAGGGAAGAAAAGCUGCAUGAAAUGCACUGCUUUUUGGUAUAUUUUUGAAAACAAAAGAAUUUAUCUUUUAUCAUAGAUGGUAUAGAAGAGUCAUAUCGUAUGUGAUUUUAUGGACAAUGUUCCUCACAGACUAGAAAGGGCCUGAAGUGUGUGGUCUCUAUUCAGACUGUCUCUGAGGUUUAUGCCGCCUUAUGUACACGUUAUUAACAAUUUAAAGGUGUUUAAUUUUUGUUAUUUCUUAAUUACAAAUUACAAAGAAUUGUUUUGUUUUUGUGUUCUCAAUUUAAAAAAAAGAUACAUUCAUUUGUAUAAUUUUUUUUUGACUCUCUAAAAUAGGUUUCAUGUUUGUCAAUUUAUUCCCAUCUUUAUGGAUUUUUUUGUCAUGAUACUGAUUAAUAGUCCACAACACAUAUCAGAAUCUACAUUGUAUAUAUGAUAGCACAUCUAGUAUAUUACCUAAAACAUAUUCUCACAUUAUCUUUAGUGUUGGGUGUAUUUUAUAUGAAAUUAUAUUUAAGUAGAUUUGUAUCAGCAGGUGCUUGUCCAGAAAUCGGGAAUCCUGUCUAAUAUUAUUUGUAGCUUAAAAAAAACUAUUCCUUAUGAUAGAUAUCAUUUUACACAUAGGCCCUGGAUGCCUGCUUUAGUGCUGGGAGGAACAACUUUACUUAUGAAGCUUUUGUUGAUAAAUGGUUAAUAAAUUCGUUUGUCAUUUAGAAUAUUAUAAUUUAAAUGUUAUGCGUAUUAGAGGAAUGGUGACGACACUUUCAGCUAUGGCCUUGACACCUAUUGGUGGGUAUUGUGAUAUACAAAUGUUAAUGCCUUUUUGUUGCAUAGGACAUUGUCAUUAUUCUUGAUUAUUACAUCAACACAUAUCAGAAUGUACUUAAAAAUGUGCUUUUGUAUGCUAUCAAAGAAAUUCCUUUUGGAGAAUUAUAAAACAUACUUUUUUGCAUACAUUGUGUUUGAUUUGUCAGCAACGAACAUAAUUAGAACUUGUGAUGUUUUUUCUAAAUUAUUGAAAUAUUUUAUUUUUUGAAGCUGAUAUUAUGUUUUGGGAUUAUUUUAUCAGCUUGUAUGAUUAUGUGAUAAUUAGUACAUUUUGUGGUAAAAUAUAUAUAUACAUACUAAAUUAGUACAUAGAACUAAAAGAGUGCUGUUUGUAUUAGAAAUACUAGGUUCAAACAUAACAUGUUGAUCUUCCAUACAUGGUCUUCUGUCAUAAAAAUAGAAUACUACCCUGAACUUGUCAAAAUACUCAUUCUUUACAAUUGAUGUUUCUUUAUUUUUUGAAGAGUGAAAACGAAUAUAAAAGGAAGUAGACACUAUUCAAGGUACACUUUCCUAUAUUUUGGUAUGUUGUCUUCUUUUCAUUGAUAUUUUGAGUUCAGCUAACAUAAAUGGCUUUUGGAAUGGAAUACAUUUAUCAAGCUCUGACUAUUACCUGUUGAUUUGUCAGAUUAGGAUAGCAAUAUUAUUUUUACUCAUUUCCUCUUUAGUUUCCUAGAAAAUUAACUUUCAUGCGUUGAUGACUGUAGAAAACAUUGUUUAUAGAUUGGAUGUAUUUUUCAUUUUAGAUGUUAACUUUUUUUCACAUUUCUAUUUUAUACUUUGUUUUGAUAUAAAUUUUUGUUUUGUUUUCGUUCUUUUAUUUCGAUCUUGUAAAGUUUGGGACCUAUACAAUGGUGAUUGAGGUGUUCUUUUCUGACAUCGUUUGUUUGUAUACAUUGCUCCUUGUAUAUCCCAUCAUUGUGGUUUGGAUAGUAAAUAUUUCAGUUCUUCUUCAUUCAGUGGAUAAUAAGUGCAAUCCAUGUUAAUUUUUUUUUUUUUUUUUUCAAUUUAAAAAAAAAAUAUUGAGAGAUUAUAGUUAGAUUGCUUAAUAUGGGGUAACAGGUCACAUUGCAAACUAGGUUCGAAUGAUUCUGACUAUCUGCUUUAAUAUCUUCUAGGUAGUGGAUGAUCAUCUGCUACCUUAAGUAUCAUUCGGACUUGGCAUACUAGUACAUUAUUACCUGUGGAAGGGUCAUAACAUUAUUUCAGCAUAUAUAUUCCUAUAUAUUUGAACACCUGUUUUAACAUUUAUAGUUGAUUGAAGAAUAUAAGAAAUCUCAUGAUAUAAUUGUUGUGCUUUUGUAGUUAGGCCUUGUCACGUUAUGUUGGUAUAGCACAGGAGUAUAUUUGUAGUUUUGUUGGACAAUAUGUAUACUGGACAUUCUGGUAUUCUUUUUAUGGUUCGUGCAAUUAAAAAAAAGUGUAUUCGCUGAUGCACCUGUACAUACUCGCAAAAUUGAACUCAACUGAUUAAUUGCCAGAAAUUGAUAUUGGGGAAAAAAAGGACCCCAAAACUCAAAAGAAUUCACAAAUGAAAACAUAUUAAGAAAUAAAUUUUUGCUGAUGCACCUGUAUAUACUCACAAAAUAAAAGUAACUAACACAACUAAUUACUUAAUUGAUUUUGAAAAAAAAGGAACAAAAAAAAUCUGAAGAAUUAACCGUUAAAAAUCAUCAUCAGAUAAAAUGCUGGAUGUUUUCCCAAAGAAUACAGGUUUUAUAACAUAUUAAAAACUUUUUCAAAUAUAGAAAAAAAAAAUUGGCAGACAAAUGUUUAUACAUGUACCUUUAUCAAGUAAUAUGCCACUUUUUUCAAAUAGUUUACAAUUUGAAUUUGAACAUGUGAUAUUGUACCUGUAUAUCUUGUUCUGCUCCCCGGGGAUUGUUUCCUGUCUUUACCUACUGCUGCUGCUGCUGCUGCUGCUGCAAUACAAUAAUCUGUGACAUCACUAUAAAUUCUAUAUAUAUAUCAG